AUGACCGCUAAACAGUCAUUUCUCCCAUGGGAUUCUGAUCUAUCCUCCUUCUUGAUGUUAAAUCUUUCUUUGGAUCUUUCAACAGUGUCCUUCUUUGGUGAUGGCUACAUCCACCUGCGAACAGUUGAGUCCUCAGUCCAGACCACUGUCCACAUCAGAUUCAGGACCUCUACUCCAACAGGGCUGCUGUUUGUGGCAGCUGGAACCAGAGACUUUUUACUAGUGGAGCUCACCUUAGGGCACCUGCAGGUCCGUCUGGAUUUGGGUUCUGGUGAGCGCUCCCUCCGCUUCGAAAAACACCUCCGUCUCAAUGAUCUGGCUUGGCACUCCAUGCAGCUGACCCAUGACCACCAUAACAUCACCCUAACUGUAGACCGCAACUCCCACACCAGCCUCCAACUACCUGGCCCUGAUCUGGAACUCAACGUCAAUGAUGGCCUAUUCGUUGGUGACAAAGCUUGGCUAACCCACCCCUAUCUCUUAAACAGCACUCUUGGAUUCAGGGGCUGCAUGGACGAAGUGGUUUUCAAUGAGCAUAACUUACUGUCCAGUCUUAGGCCUUAUUCUGGCUAUAAAAGUGUUUAUGAGGUUUCUGUGGGAUGCAGCCCACAGUUCUCAGCCACUGAAGAAGAUCCUGUCAGUUUUUAUAGCUCUAAAGCUUUCAUGGCGCUUCCAACGUGGGAGGUGCCACAAGAGGGGGUGUUUGAAUGUGAACUGUACCCCUCUGCAGGAGAAGCAGAUGGAGUAGUUUUAUAUAGCUUAGGUAAUCACGAAGCAUUUGUUGCCAUAGAGAUCCAAAAUGGUUACCUGAUAGCUACAGUCGGCAAAGGAAAGACCAAAAUGAAGUUGCGUUCUUUGUUGCAACUUAAAAGCCAUCUUUCAUGGUAUCCCAUCGAGCUCCGCCUGCUGCCCCACAAAAUUCAACUAAAAGUGGGGGAAGAAAUACUGUUGACCAAUCUCACCAUGGAACUUCAGUCUAUUCAACUCAAAGGAAAUCUGUAUAUUGGUGGUCUAAGCGAACAGGCAAGAGCAGAGGCAAGGCGAAGUGGACAGCUAUUUAUUCAGCCAGAGGGACAACUUGGCUCUUUUAAAGGGUGUCUAAGAGAAAUGAAAGUCAAUGGACAAAAAGCUGGACUCCCCCAUACGACUGUUACAAAGGAUGUGACUAUGGAAUGUGAUAGGAGAGAUGUAACUGUAACUACUACAAGCCCAGUAGAAUCUAUGAAGAUGGGUGUUACCACAGCACAACCAGCCAUCAACACCAGGAAGCACCUACAGUUUCUGGUGUUGAAGAGGUUAGAAGUAGCAGAAGGAGGGCGGGCAACUCUAGAACAAAAACAUAUUAAGGUCAAUUUGAAUUACCGAAAACUACAAAUCCACCCAUCUCAGCUGAUGUUCCACGUUGAAGCUCAGCCCAUCCAUGGUCACCUCCGCUUGGACCUCCUCCCCAGCUCAGAUCUGUAUGCAGAAGGAGAUCAGGAGAUGGCUGGAUCAGAAGGAGACCUGACCUUCAGCAUUGUGGACCUAUGGCAGGGCCGGGUCAUCUACGUCCACAGUGGAUCGGAGGAGCCCAGCGACUUUUUCAUGUUCUCAGUCUUCAGUAGUGGAAAGAAAGAGCUCCCCCUGUUUUUGAAAGGCAACCGUCUGCACCGCUUUGACAUCAGCAUCAGUCCUGUCAAUGAUGCCCCAGUGCUGAGUCUGCCAGAGGGGAACCUGUUCACAAUGCUGGAAAACUCCAAAAGACAGCUAACAACUGAAGUGCUACGAGUGACUGAUCCAGACAGUGCUCCAGAGGACUUGAUGUUUACCUCACUAGCAGAUAUAAGAACUGAGGCGGGAUACCUAGAACACCAAGAUUACCCUGACAGGCCCAUAAAUAUAUUCUCAUUGCAAGACCUGAAUAGCAAUAAGAUAAACUUUGUGCACAGUGGGGCUAAAAACUCCAGAUUGCCACUACGAGUUAGUGAUGGAGAAAAGUUCAGCAACACUGUCACUUUAAGGAUCAUGGCUGUCCCUCUUGAAUACAAACUGGUCAACAACUCUGGCUUGGAGGCAGACCAAGGCAAAUCAGCUAUUAUUUCAACCAAUCAGCUUGCUGUUCAAGUCAACGCUGCUGACCAGGGAUUGGACAUUCGCUAUGAUGUCAUCGAGCUGCCUCAAUACGGCGACCUCCAGAGGCUGCACUCCAGUGGGGAAUGGAAAUCCACAACUUCCUUUUCCCAAAAACUUCUAGAAAAAGAACGCAUCAGAUAUGUCAACACAUACUAUGGUGUUCAGAGUCAAAGCAAUGCCACAGACCAGUUUAAAUGUGAAGUGAACAUUGGCUUGCAUGCCACAGAGGAGAUAGUAGUCCCUAUAGGGGUUCAUUGGAUACACUUUAAGGUAACAAGAAGUAAAAUGGAACUACAUGGUAUUCAGGAAGCUGUUAUAACCCAUGAAGAUCUUCAUGGUAUUUCCAAAGGUGUGAAAGUAAACGAAAGUGAGCUACAUUUUAGGCUGUUGACCAUUCCUAAAAAAGGACAGAUAUAUUUUAACAACAAAAUUCUUCCACUUAACUCAACUUUUAGCCAGAAGAAUAUUACAGAUGGUUUGAUAAAGUAUAAACUUACCAACAAAGUGCAAGAAGACACAAGAGAUACGUUUAUUUUUCAGUUAUUCACAUUGCAAGCCAAUUCAGCCAGUUAUGACUUUAGAAUUAACAUUAGGGCAGAGACCAAUAGUGUUACUGUACAAAACAAAGGCCUUUCCAUUUUAGAAGGAGCCAGUAAAGUUAUAACACAGGAUGUCCUAUUCACUCACACAGCAAGUAACCGGGAAGUGGAAUACAAAGUCAUAACACCUCCAAGAAAUGGGUAUCUAAGAAGGAUAAAUCUCUCCAAUUCAACUUCUAUCAAUGACAACAUCAAAACAUUCACAAAUCAAGAGAUCAUACAGGAAAGAAUUAUGUAUGUGCAUGAUGACAGUGAAACCAAGCAGGACUUCUUCACAUUUCAAAUAGGAGUUUCCAAACCACAGAAGCAUGGAGUCAAGAAGGAGGACAGGGACCUAGAGGAGCACAGGUUCAAUAUUUCAGUGCAGCUUGUCAAUGAUCAGAAGCCAAUACGAGUGGUGGAUAAGGUCUUCCAUGUGGCUCGGGAUGGACAGAGGUUGGUGACCCUGAAUGACCUGCGUUUUCGGGACGAGGACUCAGAUUUUGAUGACAGCUGGUUGGUCUACACGCGGAGGGGGAUUCCAAUGGGAGAGCUGGUGCGGGCCAGUGAUACCAACCACAAGGUGUAUGAGUUCACACAGCGGGAUCUUGAGCAGAACAAGGUCUUAUUUAUCCACAGAGGAGUGAGUUCUGGGCGUUUUGUGCUCUUUGUAACUGAUGGGAAACAUUACGUCUCUACACUACUAGAGGUAAUAGCCCAAGAUCCCUAUGUACAAGUAGAAAACAAUACAGGCAUCAUGGUCCAGCGAGGUGGAGUUACUAUCUUAUCAUCAGCCAACCUCAGUGUUGUCAGCAAUCUGGACAUUAGAGACCCAAAGGAACUAAAAUUUGAAGUAUUCCUCCCUCCGGACCAUGGCCUGCUCCACUUUAUCGACAAAGAUUUUGAGCCUGUAACAGAGGCAGAUGCAGUUUCUACUUUUACCCAGCGUGAUUUGGUGACUGGACGUUUGGCUUAUCAUCAUGAUGGAAGCCAGGAGUUGUUUGACGUUUUCAAUGUGACAGCAAGAGCCAAAGAAGGCAGUGGAGAUCGUGGUUCAAACACAGGGAGGAGAGAAGUUCAUUUGGACAUUGGAAUUCCAGUGAAAAUUUACCUCGAAAGCCACCAGAGGGCGCCAACAGUCCUCAAUAUUCAGCCUGUGGUAGUGGAUGAGGGUUGCAAUAUCUCAAUUACCAGGCAAUAUUUAGAGGUGAUCCAUGAAAACAGUCAACCUUCAGAAAUAUUGUUUACUGUCAAAAAUCCUCCCUCUUAUGGCACAAUCCAAAGGAAUUCAUCAGGCCAGUAUAGUGGAAAUACAUGGAUGGCAAUGUCAUCCUUUACCCAAGAAGAGAUUAACCAGGGUUUCAUUGUUUACCAUCAACAUUCUUCAGAACGCACAAAUGACUCAAUUCUACUGGAAGCAACUAAUGGAGUGACCACAGUUGGGCCCAUCAGGCUGGAAGUUGACAUCAUACCACUACUUCUACCAUUGCAGGUGUCAGAUUUGCGGUUGGAUGAGGGAUCAUCGUUCAUGCUAACCCCUGACAUUAUGAAAGUCAACAGUCAUCACUUUAUAGGGAUGAACUUCCUGUACGAGGUGGUUGCUCCGCCUCAACACGGACAUCUGGAGCACAGCAGAAUCCCAGGAAUGCCCAUAACUGCAUUCACUCAUUCUGAGGUGGAACGUGAGUAUAUCUCUUACAUCCACGAUGGAAGUGAAACCUUGACUGACAACUUCACGCUGGUGGCAAAUCAAACUGAAGUCAGGAAGCACAGUUUGCCUUGUACAGUUCAUAUUGGCAUUAUACCAGUGAAUGAUGAAAGCCCUACUGUUACCAUCAACAAAGGGUUAAAGGUGUGGGUUGGGUCUGUCACUGAAAUAUCUGCGAAUGACCUCAGUGCAGAGGACUUGGACACUCCAUCUGUUGGGCUGGAGUUUGUGAUCACUCCACCCAGCAACGGCCACCUGGCUCUGAAGAGUGCCCCCUCCAGGCACAUCCUCAACUUCACCCAGUAUCACAUAGAAACAGGACAGCUUGUAUUUGUACACAAUGGUGCUUUGACUGGUGGUUUUCACUUUCAAGUGAAUGAUGGUGUCCAUUUUGCUCCUCGUCAGAUUUUUAGCACUACUGCACAUUCACUAGUCUUGAAUCUGCAAAAGAAUCACCCAUUAGAGGUUUAUCCAGGCUCACUCACUCCCAUCACAGCUCAGCAGCUUCAGGUGGUGUCCAGUGACAUGAGCAGGAAUCACUCUGUGACGUUUGCUGUCACAACUCCUCCUAAACUGGGCCGUCUGGUCCAGCGCUUAUCAGACAAUUCCACACGGAACAUCUCAACAUUCACUCAAAACAUGUUAAAUGCAGGGCAAGUGCUGUAUCAACAAAACAAGCCUGAGAUGGUUGGAUGGUCAGCCACAGACACUUUCUCGUUCAGCGUGUCCUCACCUCCUGCUUUCCUCCCUCCUCACACCUUCUCCAUCCUGAUCUCUUUUCAAGCUAAUGAGCAUCAUGACCAGUCUUAUAAGACCAAGCUACUAAACAAUGCUGGUGCAGUGGUGGCUGAGGGAGGCAAGGUAAAAAUUGACAGAUCUAAACUUGAUGCCACAAAUUUAAUCAUGAAGCUUCCAGAUGCUGAGCAAAAAGGCCAUUACAUUAUGUACAGUGUGGUUUCUUUGCCAAAGCAUGGGGUUCUGUCUAUUCAGGGACAAAAUCUAACAAGGGACAAACCUGACUUUUCCCAGGCCACUCUAAACAAGCACGGCAUCACUUAUUUCCAUGACGACUCAGAGACCACCAGCGACAGCUUCACUUUCCGGGCCUGGAUCGCUCCUCUGGACAUGUCCCUUCCCUCUGCCCUCUCCUCUCUCAAAGCUCUCAAAACCAAAAUGGCAGUAACUGAAAUGUUCAACAUCACAGUGACACCAGUGAACGACCAACCUCCACUCAUCAGGACUCGAGGCCCCAGCUUGAAAGUGGUAGUGGGGGAAAGAGUUGUGCUUGGACCAGACUAUCUUCAGGUUGAGGAUCAUGACACCCCCCCAGAGGAGCUGCACUACAUGGUGAUCAGUAAGCCCAACAAUGGCUACCUGACUCUGGGAGAAAGACCAGAGCCAGUGACCUCCUUCACUCAAUAUGAUGUCAACCGUGGACGCCUACACUUCAUACAGAAAGGUGAACCAAUAACUGGAGUCUUCUAUUUCAAUGUUACUGACGGACAUCACCGCCCCCUCUACAAACUCUUCAGUCUGGAGGUGGUCAAGCCUUCAGUUUUUAUGGUGAACAACACUGGCCUCUCAUUGGUCCAAGGAAAAACAGCCGUCGUCCUGACAACCAAUCAGCUGUCAGCACAGACCAACAGCCGCCGUCCAUCCAACAUUACCUACACUGUCAUCUCCCAACCACGCCACGGACGAAUCGCCAUCAACGACCAGGAAGUCACCACCUUUUACCAUGAGGACUUGCAGCUUGGGCGUGUGGUAUAUCACAUGACUGAUCUCAGCGAAUCAGAGGACAGCUUUGAAAUCUCCGUCACAGCACAUUCUCCUGGUGUGGAGUAUGGGAACAUCACCAAGCAGAUGGUAGCAGUAAAUGUUUUACCCCUGGUUUACCUGAGGGAGCCAAUCCGAGUGCCCAGUGGGAUAGCGGUCAAACUGGGCAAGGCCAUGAUAGACGCCUCAGAACUGGCCAGGAUCAGCCGGGCAGACCCACUGUUUGAGGUGCUGUCUCCUCCACAACAUGGGAAACUAGUCAAGAUGACCUACGACCCCAGCCAAGAAUAUGAAAUCCUCAAGUCUUUCACUUACCGAGAUGUGGUCCAGGGUCGGGUCGCCAUUGAGGAGACUCUAAGCGAUGGAGACAGUAUCCAUAGCAACAAAUCCCUCCUCUCCACCUCACAAGGCCACGCCCCUGCUCUGCCUCUCAACGACUCCUUCACCUUCUUGGUCAGAGCUGGCCACGUUCAACCAGCAAAAGGAGAGCUCCACUUUACCAUCCUACCCCAUCACCAAAUGCAUUAUGGGCCAGGGAGCCAAGGUGACAAGGCAAGUCGCAAUCACACCACCACACGCUUUCCAAGUCAUAAUCGAACAAGCGGAGAGAAAGGCCAUCGAAAACUGGGAUUAACAACACCAAAUCAGACUGGAGACUAUUUGCACCCACAUACUUUAUCACACAAAAAUCACCACCAUAACAAAACUCACCAUAGGGGGCGCAGUCAUCUCCGCUGGGGCAACCACACUCGUAGCGGGACACACGGGGGAAAAUCAAGCACUCAAAAUCCUGCGCAGCAAACUCCACACCCUGACAAAACCGAGUCGGGAAACCAUGAAGACACGCACCCCGUUUACUACGAAAUUCUGCCCCGUCCUGCCUCCGACCCUCUCCUCAUAAUCCUACCUCUGUUAGCCUGUCUGCUUCUCAUUGUCAUCCUGGUGGUUUUGAUUUUGGUUUUCCGUCAUCGUAAAGAAAAGCAAGCCCAGAUAAGGUUGCUCCAGGAAUUAGCAGCGCUGCCGCCUGUGUCCGAAGAGAGCGGUAGUCCAAGUUCGGGAUGCGGGGAGAGGAGCGUAGCCAUGCCAAGUGUUGUAGUCACCCCCCUUGGACCAUCCAGCUGUCCGACCUCUCCGAGAACGCCAAUAAGUCCCAGGAGAAGAAGCCUGGCCCCAGGGAUGACAUUUUGGGGUCCGUUUGAUGACGAUGGGAAUGUUGUACAAAGGGAAUUUCAUGAGAAGAAUAAUCUAGUGCGGUGUAAUGUUUAUAGAUCUACAGCAUUUCAGAGUCCACUAAGAUCAAGGUGCCCUACCCCUUCGCUUAAAGACAGUCAGUACUGGGUUUGAUGAGACUAAACUGAAGAGGAACUGUGCCUUAGGUUGUAUUAAGUAGCUAGAAAGAAUUGUUGAGAGUUGAAGAAUUUUUCCACCUGUCUCUGUCAUGAAGAUAAUGAACAAUAAUGGAUAAAUAAUGAAUUGUUUUUCUGACAAAUAUUGCAAUUUUGAUCAGUGUAGAUUUUUUUUAGAUAACACUAGAAGCAUUUUAAAGCUUGUUUGACCAGUCCCCUGGUAUAAACAAAUUAAUGGUAUGGUUAAAUUAUUGUGUAUUAUUUCCAUUAAAAAUAAUGUGUAGAAAAGUGGUUUGAAAACGUUGUUUGUCUGUAGUUGACUGUUUUGUACAGACCUAUUUGUCAUGAGGUGUCUCUCUUAAUAAUAAUUUUCUGUAUAGUAGUAGACAAUUUAAACAUGGAUUUAGAGAUUUUGUUAGAAAAAAACAUUGCAGUAAUUUGAUACUGUGAUACUUUUUUUUUUUUUUAAAAGAAUGCACUCUCAGUGAGUAGUUUGCUUUCAACUUUG